GUUACAGAUGCACCGUCCCAGGAAGGUCACCUCUCGAAGCAGGAGCUGGAAGCACCCAAGGCAGAAAAUGACAAUGUCUUUCUCGUCAGGGCGCAAGGAUUCCCCUUCUCAUGCACCGAGGAAGAUGUGCUUACCUUUUUUGAUAGCUGUAGAAUUCGAAACGGUGAGAACGGCAUACACUUCCUCUUAAACAGGGAUGGAAGACGCAGGGGGGAUGCCUUGAUCGAGCUGGAAUCGAAAGCUGAUGUCCAGAGGGCCUUGGAAAAACACUUGAGGUAUAUGGGCCCACGCUACGUGAAAGUUUUUGAAGUACACGAUAGUGAUGUAGAGAGCUUACUACGAAACCUGCGGGAUGAAACACAAGCCAUCAAUGAUGGAGUUGUACUACUCAGAGGCCUCCCGUUCAGCUCCACUGAGGAUGAUAUUGCAGAUUUUUUCUCAGGUUUGAAAAUAACUGACAUAGCUUUCGUUUACCGGGGAGAAAGGAAAACAGGAGAAGCUUUUGUGCAGUUUGCAGCUCCGGAAAUGGCAGCUAAAGCCCUGUUACAGCACAAGGAGUACAUGGGAAAUAGGUAUAUAGAAGUGUACAUAAGUAGAAAGCAUCACAUGCAAAGGCACGUGCCUUACGAGAAGCAGACGGUGACCUACCCCAGAGUGAGGAGAGAGCAGGAACCCACGUCUGAAGAAAGGGGCUGGAGCAACACGAGCGGCUCCGAUACGGAAAGAGACAACAAAUUGUCCAGCAAAGGAACGGAAAGUCCCAGGCAGGUUUUGGAAUCUGGGAACAUCUCAUCCCCACCGCACUUUGUCCACGUGAGGGGUUUUCCUACCCGAGCCAGUGCCCAGGACAUCAUAAAUUUCUUUUCCCCGCUGAAGCCGACAAGGAUCAUGAUGGAAUACAACUCCCAUGGAGAUGUCACAGGAGAAGCGGACGUGCAUUUCGAGAGCCAAGAGGACGCAGUGGCUGCCAUGGCUAAGGAGGGGUCCCAGCUGCAGUGCAGUGCCAUCGAAUUAUUCCUGAAUGAACAUCCCAGGGCAAAACAAGACUGCUAG